AUGUCGGACCACAAGCACACCGACUCUAUUCCCUCUUCUGAUGAUACCCAACGCUAUCGCUCUGGUCUGGAGGAGUUUGAGCGCGGAGGCGAAAACAGGCCUCCGUAUGUCUUGACCUGGCCGGAAAUGAAGCUCCUCGGUAUCGCUGGUGUUGGAUUCUUCCUUGAUGCCUACGACCUGUUCAUCAUCAACCCCGUAGCUACCAUGCUGCAGUACAGGCUCUAUGGAUCGGCACCCUUCCCCGCCAAUCUGCAGGGUCUUUUGAAGGCAUCUGCCAACAUCGGCAGUGUUAUUGGGCAAUUCUCUUUUGGCUACAUGGCUGAUGCGCUUGGUCGUAAGGCUAUCUACGGAAAAGAGCUGAUGCUGAUCAUCUUUGCCACCAUCAUGAGCUUGACUGUUCCUACCGGCACUCUAUCUGCCAAUAGCUGCAUCAUUUACCUCACGAUCUGGCGUAUCAUCCUUGGUAUUGGUGUGGGCGGUGACUACCCUAUGUCUGCUUCCGUCACUUCGGACCGCGCCGUCCUCCGCAAGCGCGGCACUAUGCUUGCCUAUAUCUUCGCGAACCAGGGCUGGGGCAGCUUCAUUGGCGCUCUCGUCACUAUCAUAGUGCUGGCCAUCUACAAGCAUUCUAUGAAUGACUUGGGCGAGACCUCCAAGGUUGACGGAGUUUGGAGAAUUGUCAUUGGCCUAUCGCUCAUUCCCGCACUCGGAACCCUAUAUCAACGUUUGACGCUCCCAGAGUCCAAGCGCUUUGAGAACGCCAAGAACAUGGAAGAGGAGCUCGACGAGAUUAAGCAGGCUAAGGAGGCUAACACUACUGUUGGCCCCGCCUCGGCAUCCAACACCAGCGUGCGCGACACUGUUCAGGCGACCGUCCACCAGAAGGCCCACUUCAGAGGUGAGAGCGGAUUGCGUCCAUGUUCACAUGCAUUUCUAGAAUUCCUCACCUACAUCUCGGAAUGGCGCCAUGCUAAGAUUCUCAUCGCUACAUGUGGUUGCUGGUUCUUGCUCGACGUCGCAUUCUAUGGUAUCAACCUCAACCAAAACGUCGUAUUGGCCGAGAUCGGCUUCGCAGGAAAGUCCGGCUCGGACUGGGAGAAGCUCUGGAAAAUCUCGUUAGGCAAUAUCAUUGUUACUGCUCUUGGAUUUGUGCCAGGCUACUAUGUGACCGUCCUAACUAUCGAGAAGCUUGGUCGCAAGUGGAUUCAGAUCCAGGGUUUCCUCGUGACUGCUCUCUUCCUGGGUAUCCUCGCUGGCCGCUUCACUGAAUUGAGCACCGCCGCCUUCAUCGUCAACUUCUCGCUUCUUCAAUUCUUCUUUAACUGGGGUGCAAAUGCCACUACCUACUGCUAUCCCGCGGAGGUCUUCCCCACCCGCUAUAAGGCCUUUGCCCACGGCGUGUCGGCCGCCUGCGGUAAGGCCGGCGCUAUCAUAUCAGCGCUCGUGUUCAACACGUUAACGGCCUCGAUCGGCACGCCCGCUGUCCUCUGGAUCUUCUUCGCCUGCUCUAUCCUCGGUGCCGCCCUUACACUUCUCCUUCCCGAGGUCCGCGGCCGUGAUGCGGAUGAGGUCCUCGCUCAGGAGCUUAAGGAAAAGCGGUCAUAG